CCUUGCAAGGGACGCACUGUGUAGGGCAGCGUUUUCAAAAAAAAAAAGAAAAAAAAAAGAGACCUGUUGCAGCCCGCCGUGGGUUCCACCGGUCACGACAGCUGUUGGCUGUGAGGCACCACCUGGCGCCUCCUCCCUCCCUCCAUCAACCCUCCACGCCUUUCUUUCUCCUCAGUCUCUGCAUCCUGCAGACCUGAAAUCCCUCUAGACAACGGAGAGAGCAUCUAUAGCAUCUUUUAAAAAUGGAAGGCCAGAAGAAGCAAGUUACUGGUUAUCUCCUGUUCUCGCUGGGCACCGCCGUCAUCGGCUCUCUGCAGUUCGGUUACAACACUGGAGUCAUCAACGCUCCUGAAGAGAAACUGCGAUCUUUCUUCAAUAACACCUGGAUGGAGCGUUAUGGCGAGCCCAUCAGCCCAGGGGUUUGUACCAUCGUCUGGAGUGUUGCUGUUGCCAUCUUCAGUGUGGGAGGCAUGGUGGGCUCCUUCAGUGUGGGCGUCAUGGCCAACCGAUUCGGCAGACGGCAAUCCAUGUUACUGGUGAACUGUCUGGCCGUGAUCGGAGGCCUCCUCAUGGGUUUCUCCACCAUCUGCUACUCCUAUGAGAUGGUGAUUGCAGGUCGUCUGGUCAUCGGCCUGUUCUGUGGUCUCUUUACCGGGCUGACUCCGAUGUACGUGGGUGAGCUGUCACCAACACCCCUCCGUGGAGCAUUCGGUACUCUGCAUCAGCUCGGUGUAGUGGUGGGAAUCCUGAUUGCUCAGAUCUUUGGUCUGGAGUCUUUGUUGGGUUCCGACCGGUUGUGGCCCCUGCUGCUGGCCCUCACCGUGGUCCCUGCUCUGCUGCAGUGCCUGUUUCUGCCCUUCUGCCCUGAAAGCCCGCGCUUCCUUCUGAUCAACCGGCAGAAAGAGGAACAAGCACGCAAAGGUAGACACACAAAGAAAAGCAAGGAUGUGUUUUACUACUCUACGGGGAUCUUUAGCUCAGCUGGAGUGAAGCAACCCAUCUAUGCCACUAUAGGAGCCGGCAUCGUCAACACCAUCUUCACCGUCGUCUCUCUCUUCCUAGUAGAAAGGGCUGGAAGAAGGACUCUCCAUCUCCUGGGAUUGGGAGGGAUGGCUCUCAGUGCCCUGCUUAUGACCUUCUCCCUCUAUCUGAAGCACAUCGCAGCUAUGAGCUACGUGGCCAUCCUGGCUGUCAUGCUCUUUGUGGCUAUGUUUGAGCUGGGACCCGGUCCUAUUCCGUGGUUCAUCGUGGCCGAGCUUUUCUCCCAGGGGCCCCGUCCUGCAGCCAUGGCCGUUGCAGGAUGCUGCAAUUGGACAGCUAACUUCCUUGUUGGAAUGACCUUUCCUAAAUUAGUGGAGUUGUGUGGUCCUUGGGUGUUCCUCAUCUUCACAGCCUUCCUCAUCUUCUUUUUCAUCUUCACAUUUUUAAAAGUCCCUGAGACCAAGGGAAAGACAUUCGAUGAGAUCUCCCGUGGCUUUGGCUCUGCUCAACCUUAUGCCGCUCCCCCAGCUGAUGACCUUGCCACCACCAGCAACGCUGAGAAUCGUUCAGCCUCUCCUGAGAAGGAGAAGGUCCCACUGGUGGAAGCGCCGGCAGCAGUUCCUGCAGCAGCCGCAAUCGCCCCACCGGCAACCGAAACCACCACCCUUAAAGAUAAGAGCAGCGCAGCAGGAGAGCAAACGGGACAAGUCUAAACAGAUUUUUCAUCGGUUACAGAAAUAAGGGAAGGAUCACAGAAUACAAACACACUGAAAGCAUGGAAACUAUUUCAAUCUCUGUCUCCAACUUUACUGAACAUUCCUGAAAUCUGCUGUGUCUGUUUAAAGGGUAAGGGUCAGUAACAUACGUUAGAACACGUGCAGCUAAUCCGUUCACAGUCUUUGAGCAAGUUAUUUUAAGGUGAGCAUUAAGCGAUGCCAAGUUGGAUCCAUAUUUAUUAGGUGGCAGAAUUUGAAAAAUCUGUUUAACUGAUUAAUUUAUUUAUUUUUUUAGGUGACAUGAUUAAAUUUAUAUUGUAGGAUGGUUUAACAUGUAACUGAAGUUCCUCUUGGGCGAUUACUUUCCUUCCUCUUAGAUUGCAGGUCUAAUAGAUCUAAAUGUUUUGCUUAAGCUUUUACUGAGAUUGUUUGGGCUGCCAAAAGUAAAAACCGUCUUACAUUAUUAUGCAGAUUUAACAGGAGCUAAAGGUACUUAAAUACAAUAUCCUUAAUCAUUCAUUAUGGUGUAAUCCAAUGUAAUGCUGCCAAGCUGUGAUUAUAGCCAAGUUAUUGGGAAAAUUGACAUGACUGUGUCUAGAAGAAAGGAAUUCUGCUUCAUGUUGAGGAAACAGACGCCUGUCGGCUCCUUUUUGAAGGUUGUUUAAAAGAAAAAAAAAGUUGUCACAUCAUACGUAAACUCGAUGGAUUACUAACUGAAAGUUCAGACAGUCUUAUCAGGUUACUUACUUGUACAAGAGCUGGUAUGAGCAUCACUAAUGGUUUGACAUACAUUAGUUAU